AUGUGUUUCCCGACCAGCGGAUGGGACACAAUUCCUGCGGCGGAGAUACUUGAUGAAGAGCGAUUCGAUGGAUUCAAGAAGGGGCAAUAUUAUCCCGUGAAUAUCUGUGAUGUUUUUGCCUCCAAAUACCAAGUCAUUGGCAAGCUGGGAUUUGGCGUUACUUCAACUGCAUGGCUCGCCCGUGAUCUCGAGGGCCAUCGAUAUGUGACACUGAAAGUUCACACUCGAGAUGAAGACAACGCAGAAGAGUUCAGAAUCUAUAAUCACUUGAAAGAGCACAAGUCAUCCCACCCUGGCCAUGCGCACGUGAGAACAGCUCUUGAUUUAUUCACCAUUUCUCGCAAUGGCGGCAAUCAUCACUGUCUCGUCCAGCAGCCCAUGUGGGAGAGCUUUCGUCAUCUACUUUAUCGAAAUCCCACACAUCGCUUCACCGAAGAUUUGCUCAAAGCCGGUCUCAUGCAGAUGUUCCUUGCACUUGAUUACCUGCACACUGAAUGCAAGCUUGUUCAUACAGGUAUCAAAAGCGAUAACAUUCUGCAAGAAAUUGCAGACAGCUCCAUACUCGAAGCCUUCACCAAAGCUGAAAUGGACAGCCCUUCACCCCGCAAAUUUGUAAAUAGCGCACCAGUAUAUGCUUCCCGGCGUUUCGAACUACCCAGGGUUUUUGGACGCGCAGUCUUGAGUGACUUUGGAUCUGCAGUACGAGGUGAUGAGAAGCAAGAUCACGAUGCCCAGCCGAAUGUGUACAGAUCACCGGAGGUAAUGUUGAUGACCGAGUGGAGCUAUCCCGUUGAUAUCUGGAAUGUGGGUGUUAUGAUUUGGGAUUUAUUCGAAGGAAAGCAUAUGUUCAAUGGAAAUGACCCCGACGGGAAAGGGUACUCUACCCGUGCGCAUCUGGCAGAGGUGAUCGGUCUCAUAGGACCUCCCCCGUCAGAUAUGCUCAAGCGUGGAAAACGAAGUCAUGAAUUCUUUACUGAAGAUGGGAAUUGGAAACAAGACAUAACCAUACCGCAGACAGGGGGGCUAGAUGCAUCAGAACAGUUUCUCGAAGGCAGGAAUAAGGAGAUGUUUUUAGAUUUCAUGAGGGGGAUACUCCAGUGGCGUCCAGAGGACAGAAAGACGGCAAGAGAGCUCCUCAAAGAUCCCUGGUUGAACGAGCAGAUAGAGUAA